AUGAGCCAGGGAGCCUAUUAUGGGCUUCCCACUUUGCCCUCCCUAUAUUCAGUGCGAGACAAUACAAGCUAUCAGCAUCCAGACAAAUCCUUAGUCUCAUACACUCAAACAAAGGGCAAUUCCUUCCUUGGAGAUAGUGAGAUUCACCUACCACGAUACGUCCACCCUCAUCGUCCCUUGGCACAAGCCGACGAUCGACUAAGCUCCGAUCCAUCGUACCUUCUUCCUAGUCAAAAGUUCCACAAUUACAAUGCGCCUGUCAACAACUACAAUGCGCCCGUAAACAAUUACUAUGGACCCGUAAACAACUAUCACUCGCCCGUAAGUCCGCCCGCACAUGCCAGUCGAAAAACCGAGCAAGAAGACGUGAAUCCUGAGCAAAGAGAGCUCUGGUUAGGGUCGAGGGAAGCAUUUGAAAGUCGCUCACCCAGCGAAGUGGUCAAUAAAAGGGGUCCGCGAGAAGCGCCUCAAGCAAGCGGCAGAAGUUCAAUUCGUCUUCCCUCACCAAGGCGUGACUUGGAGGAAUACUUCAUGCCCGGCGAAGGUAUCUCACGAGAAGUUCUGGAAAAUAAUGCAGCCGCAUUUCUAGGUCGAGGCCCCUCUGCAGAGUCAGCAUCUUAUAGAGAGCAAAUUGAGGAGCUCAUCGAUGAAUCUGCGUCCUUCGUCAAAUGGAAAAAGAAGAGCAGGUACAAUCAGGACUAUGCAGACUUCAAGAGACACAAGGCUAAGCGCAACCGGAGAGACGAGAGGGAUGAGGAUUGGAAUACGGAAGACGAUUUGUGGAUGCGGAAUGGAUAUUCGCGGACGAAAGUUGAAGUGAAGAGACGAGUAUACUAA